AUGCCUCCCAGAGCAUCUCUAACACCGUCAGAAAUAGCCGCCCACAAGCGGAACAGCAAAACAAAGGCCAAGGCGAGUCAAGAAUCUGGUGGUGAAAAUCAAGGCGAUACAGAUAAACCAUUGCAACGGUCGUCGAAGAUAAAGGCCUUAGAGCGGAAAGUUUGGAAUGAGACAACGGCCAACAGUCGUAAGCGCGCACCCACAGUAACUGGACUGCAAUCAGCACCUGCAGCCAAAUUAGCACGGAAGAUACCUGCAAAAAAGCUAGAUCACAACAAUGACCGUGGUCAAGAAGCACAUGAAGUUAUCAGUCAUGCUGAAAGUCGAGGUCGUGAGAGAUCAACGCACUCUUCGAAAUCAGCCACGGUGUCAAUUGAAGAUAGUGACACUGUUAGUGAAUACGGAGAGAGUGACGAUGCAUCUGAAAAAUCAGACAACGACAUGGAAGUUCCUGAGGAUGAUGACUUUGAGUCACUCUCCCAGGAGGAACUCAUUAAAGAGAUUCCCCAUUUUGUGCGCACGGGUAGCAAUGUAUCUGAAUGGAUGGCCUCUGGCACUACUGCCGGUGUUCCUCAAGUUGAUGUUGCUGACAAAGCCUCUGAUGGUCAUUCCAAGCCAUAUUACCGUGAAGCAACAGCCGUCACCAAACACCAGCCAGACAAGAAGAAAGACAAGAAGAAAAAGAGCAAGCUAGAAGAACGACAAGACCUUGAGAGACCUAAAUUUGUGGAGACUGUGGUGCCGCCGCGGCCAGCUUCAGAUGUCACUCAUGUGUCAGCUUCUGAAUCUGAUCAUUCUUUUACAUGGCCCAUAUUCACAGAUCUAGUCUACUCAGCAGACGGCUCUAUCAACCUCAAGGCUCAAAACACCCGGAUACAGAAUGUGUUGAAGGCCGCCAUGUUCGAACUCAAGAAAGCCUCUCUCUUCGACAACACAUUCCCCAACAUCACUCAGAAGCGAAAGAUGGCCCUGGAAGCGGUCCAUACCGCUGCUGGGAAGCGCAAGGAAUAUGCGAUAUUAAAGAGGAUGAAGCACGACUUUGAUUACGCACUGGCUCUGGCCGGGAUCCCGGAGGGACGAAUGAGCUCCUUCCGCACCAAUCUCAAGAAGCUCGCACAUCAAAUUGUUGUAUCACAUUUUGGACUCCAGAAAGGCUGCGCUGACAAGGUAGAAGACCUUCUUAAAAGUCACAAGUAUAUUUUUCCAACCGAUGCCAAGGGUAAGGUCCUUGGGGACCAACCGUUUUGUGAUGAGGCUACCAUUGACAUCAUCCGAUUGUCAUUCUUUGAUGGCGGCGAGGACUCAUUUGGCAGUCAGUGCCAUGAUGAUUUCGUUUCUGUCUUAGAUGGAAACAAUGAGCCAGAGCUACCGGUGGCUAUGGUGUGUUUGACUGCAACUAUGAUUUAUGCGAUAUUGAAGGAUUGGAGUAGCGGCAACCCGCCUUCAAAUGCGCAAGUCAAAUCAUUCAAUGCCUCCUCCCACGUCGGUGUUUACAAGGCUCACCAAGCGACUCUCAACUGCAUCUUCAAUGGCAGUAUAAAGAAGUACCAUGCACUGAUGGCACGGCUUUACAAGGCAGUCAGUGCAAUCGAGAACUCGGCGUCCACUGCCUCAUCAAGCACUUGCGACUAUCUCGAUCUCGAUGCAAUGGUCGAAGAAUAA